CUAAAAAAACAAGCAUUGAAAUCAUCAGAACAAAAACACAGUGCCAACUGCCAAGAAACACCCCUAAAAUUCCCCCAAAACCCCCUACUCCCCCAAACCCAUCUCCAAAAUCCACCGUCUUCCGCCGCCGUCCGCCGGGAGAUAAAAUGUACGCCACCGCCGCUGCAACCCCAUCUUCUUGUUACUGUUUUCCCACUCCUUUCAACCCAUUUUCAACCAAAAUCAAAUCUUUUUGUUACAAACCACCAUUUUCAAGGAUUCCCAGAAACCCCUUUUCGUCUCGCCCCUUAUCUCUCUCCGCCGGCAGCCGUCUGGUUCUGCCUGCUCCGGCCGCGAAAAAGUCGGAGUCAGAGACCAAGAAAGGAGCUGAGGUGGAGGAAGAAGUGGUGGAGGAGGAAGAGGAUUUGCCGUGGAUACAAGAGAAGGCUUUGGAUUUAGUCGAGUUUACCGGGUCGGUGACUCAGGCGAUUCCGGGGCCUCGAGUUGGAAGAAGCUCUUUGCCUUGGAUGCUUGCUGUUCCUUUGGCUUAUCUUGGCAUUACUUUUGUUUUCGCAUUUUAUAAGACUGUCAAGAAGUUUAAUUCUCCCCGAGAGUUGCGUCGUAAACAGGUCAAUAAGAAUGCUGUGUUGUGCAAAUCAAUAGACGAGUUAUUUGCGAAGGGAAGUGGAGUAGAAGAAUCGGCUUUGAAGGGGUUGAUGCAAAAGACAGGGUUUAGCAUGGAGGAGGUAUUACGCAAGUACAUACGGUAUGCGCUGAAUGAAAAACCCUUUAACCCAGAAUUGGUUUCAAAUUUGAUCAACCUCAGGAAAGCAUCUAUGUUGGAUGACACUCAAGUUGCUGAAACUUUGAAAGAGAUAUCAAGAAGGAUUGUCAAAGACAAAGGUCCAGUUGUCAUGGAUAUGUCAGGAUAUUCUGCCAAGGGUUUCAAGAGAAAACUUGCAGUACAAGCCCUUUUUGGGAAGAUUUAUUAUCUCUCUGAGCUGCCAGAAUUUUGUUCAAGGGGGAGCUCCUUGGUGGUUAAAGAAUUAUUUGGCGUUUCAGACGAGGAUGCUGAAAAGCUUAGGAUGCACACAAGUUCAGAAGCUGGGGAUAUGGAAUCACUAGAGAAGAUGGUUGGUGGUUCGGAUUCAGAAUCAGAAUCGGAAUCGGGAUUGGAAGAUACUAAUGAAGAAUCAUCUCAUGCUCCUUAGUGUAGUUUGCAUGAAGUCAUUGAGCCUCUUUUUGGACAAUGUAAGUUGGGCAUUUAAGUGCAGGAGAAAGGGUUUUGGGAGAGUUUAUAUGCAGUGGUUUAGAAAACUUCUUACAAAAACUGCGAUUUUCGGCAUUGUUAUCAAGUCCAUGAUACUCAAUUCAUGUGCAUUGAGUCAUUUAUUUAUCUUAAUAUUAUUAUCAAAUCUUCUAAUAAA